AUGAAAUGCAAGAUAAAAUAUAGCGAGCAAGUAUACGACGCCUGUAUGGAGGCUUUUGACUGUUUACCACUGGCGGCCCUGAUGAACCAACAAUUCCUCUGUGUCCAUGGUGGCCUGUCUCCCGAGAUCCAUUCGCUCGAUGACAUACGCAGAGUAAGUCUCAUAUGA